AUUUACGGUUUUACACCAAUACAAAGGUUUGCAAUUUUAGCAGCUACCCUUAACCCUGCCUGAGCUAAAGCCAGAGUAACCAAAAUGCUGAGGCUCUUCAAUUCUGUUUUGAGUUAAAGAGUCCUCCGAGACAUGAACCUCUCCGUCGUUUCUCAGUCCGUAUCUCUCCCGCUUCCACCCAACAGCCGCACUAUCUCUGGCUUCGCCACCAAUGCCCCAAUUAUUCACCUUCCAUCCAAAUUAUCCGCCCGCCAUAAUCACAUCACCAUCCGUUCUUCCGCCUCCGACCACCCUCUCACCUUUCUCCGAAUUGCUGCUUCUUCUGCCGUCCUAUUCUUGGGUCUAACCGUUGGAGUCUCCCAAGCAGCAGCUUCCACUUCUUUUCUCCAACCUCUGCCCUCUAAAUCGCAGGAACUUGCAGUCACUCAAGUGAAUGCUUGGUGUAAUUUUAUGAACCCAGAUGGUGAUGAUGCUCAUGGCGAUUCUAAAACUGUGGAAAGGCCUGAGAAGGAGGAACUGAAUGCUGCAUUUGAAACUUGGAAGUCAAAAACUUAUGCGUUGUCUGUUCCUCUUACCGUUGUUGCUCUACGGGGUUCCAUCCCUCCUUCGUGGGUAAAGGAUUUCAUGCAAUCUCAAGGAAGGAGAUUAAGACUUCGUACAAAGUUCCUUGGAAGUCUUGACAACAUCUUUUCUGACUUAUCAAUGUCCUUUAACAAACGCAAAGUUGGUCCUGCAUCUGUUGCAGCUGCUGAUAUUGUUAGUAUUGGUGACUCCUGGCUUAGUUUUGCCAUUAGCAAAGCUAUAGUUGAGCCCAUAAGAGGGGUAGAAGAUCAGGACUGGUUUAAAGCUUUGAGUGACAAAUGGAAGGUCUACCUACGCAGGAACUGUGAGGGGAUAAUAGAUCCAAGUGGUGAAAUAUGGGCUGCUCCAUACAGAUGGGGCUGUUUGGUGAUAGCUUACAAGAAAAGUAAAUUUCAGAAGAAUAAAUUGGCUCCUAUUGAGGAUUGGGCAGAUCUGUGGCAGCCUAAGCUCACAGGGAGGAUUUCUAUGGUUGAUUCUCCCAGAGAGGUGGUUGGUGCAGUUUUGAAGUAUAUGGGAGCAUCAUACAACACUAAGAACAUUGAAUUGGAAGUUACCGGUGGGAGAAACUCGGUCCAAAAAAAUCUUGCAUUGCUUGAAAAACAGGUCCGGUUAUUUGAUAGCACACACUACCUGAAAGCAUUUGCAGUGGGAGAUGUAUGGGUUGCUGUUGGUUGGAGUAGUGAUGUUCUUCCUGUUGCCAAGCGGAUGUCUAAUGUUGCAGUUGUAGUCCCCAAGUCCGGAGCUAGUUUAUGGGCCGAUCUCUGGGCAAUCCCUGCCGCUUCAAGACUUGAAACAAAUAAGAUUGGGGGGCGAGUCAGAGGACCAUCUCCAUUAAUUCAUCAGUGGAUAGAGUUCUGCUUGCAAGCUGCAAGAGCACUACCUUUCAAACAAGAGGUAGUUGCUGGAGCAACUCCAUCUGCCCUUGAAAGCACUCCAGUUGAUAUCCCUAGAGGGCUCAACAAAGGUAGGCCAAAACUGGACACAAAUCUUAUAGCUGGUGUACCACCACCUGAAAUUUUGACCAGGUGUGAAUUCUUGGAGCCAUUGUGCGAUGCUACAUUGUCAGAGUACAAGUGGCUGCUAGCCGGUAUGCAGAAGCGUGGUCCUAGUUUUAUCCAUAAACUAUAUCAUUACAUCUCAUCGAAGAUUCAAUUUUUUGGGUUAAACCCGCAUUCAAAGGUAACAUGAAUCUGCAUAAAGUUGUAUAUGUCGUCCAUUUCUGGUCAUGGAAGCAACUUCCACGAUGCAAAUAUGAGGUUACGAAGGUUUGGUUUAUACAUGUUGGCACAUGGUGUAGAUACUUUCUUGGGUGAUCUUCAUGUAAAAAUACAAGUGAUCAAGUGACUUUACUUUCUAUAGUGAAAAUGUUUAAUUUCUGAAAUAA